UUCCGGUUUAAAAUGUAUUCGUGUUUUGACAUGCUUUUGUUCUGUUUUUGAUUUAUAUUAUUUAAAUAGAUGUAAAGUUUUAAUGUAAUUUAAAGCGAACCCCUUCCCCUGACCCUUUUUAACCAAAUGACAACCAUAGAGUUCAUUUAUUUGAAGUAGAUAUUGAAAGUUUUGACGUUUUUCUGUGACCUUAAACUCAAAGUGAAAUGGCAGGAGUGCUGUUUGAGGAUAUUUUUGAUGUAAAAGACAUCGAUCCAGAUGGCAAGAAGUUUGAUAGAGUUUCUCGGCUGUUCUGCGAGAGUGAGUCGUUCAAGAUGGACUUGAUACUCGAUGUGAACACUCAGAUUUACCCCAUGGACUUAGCGGACAAGUUUCGAAUGGUCAUAGCAACGACACUUAACGAAGAUGGCACUCCCGCCGACAAUGAAUUCAAUCCGACAGAUGCAGGCCCUUCGCGUGCUGACAGUUUUGAGUAUGUGAUGUACGGCAAGGUUUACCGUCUGGACGGAGAUGAAGCCAGCACAGACUCUUCACGACUAGCUGCGUAUGUGUCGUUCGGUGGCCUGCUGAUGAGAUUACAGGGAGAUGCCAACAAUUUACAUGGUUUUGAAGUGGAUUCCCAUGUCUACCUCCUCAUGAAGAAACUUGCCUUCUGAUUGGAUGGGGCAAAUAGCUGGAAGGAAUUUGAUUGGAUGAUGAAUGAAUUUUGCUUUUUAUUACUUUGUUUUUGAUUGGUUUAUGAUGAAUGUUUGUAAAUUUGAUUGGUUUAACUGCUUUUAAAGCAGAAUUGAAGAAAGAUGGUAAUGCAUGUUCCUGGUAUAUUUUUCAGAAAAUAGCUGUAGGCUUUAAAGCAGAUGAAAGUAACUGACAAUGUUCCUAUUAUUUAGUAUUUCAAAAUGUCAUUAUCAAAGUACAUGUAGCAAGUUCAAAAUAAGCAUUUAAUGACACAUAUAGUUCUGAAAUAAUUGUUGGAAGACAGAGCCUAAUUUCAAGCAAAAAAAUAAUGAAGCAUUUACCAAUGGAAGCCAAUAAUACUGGAAUGUAUGUUAUGUUCGAAGUUUCUCUCAGGUACUGAUAUAAGUUAAUGCAAAAAGGUCCUAACAGCUUCUGUAUUUGAAGUCACUUAGGAACUUUUGGCGUUAACACUAUAUCAGAUGGAGGCGAAAAAAUGUAGUUAUUUGUUUCUUAUUCAGUGAAAAUAUAGUCACAGGCAUUUUGUAGGGUAUAGUGUAAAACUUUCGGCUUUAGUUUGGUACAAAUAUAGCAUAUCAGUCAUGUUGUCUAAGUGUGACUAAGAAUUUUAAGGGAAUCAAAAAUCUUUGUACAGUAUACCCUAUUCUAUGUCAACUUUGUUAUUUCUUGGUGCAGAGGAUAUGAAUGUUGAUGCUUUUGAAACUGAAAUGAUGCUCUACUGGGGUAAUUGUGUGAAUGACUGAGAAUGAUGUGCUAAAAUUCACUGCCAUAUUUAUGUUGUUUAAAAGAAAGAUUGAAUGCAACUGUUGUAUUUCAUAAAAAGAGGGAGAAAAAAAUCAGGCCAAUUUUUAUGCAAAAUCGAUUAACCAAAAUUUUGCAUCAACAGUAACUUUAUCUCCUACCAUCGUUCAAAAAAAGGUAUGGAAAUCAUUCGAAGUAGUAGAAAUGGAAUAGAGGGGGUAAAUGAUUUUGCUGUUGCCGUGAAAGAGGGGCGUUAUGAUGCAACAAUAAGUGUAUGGAGUGUAUGGUGAAUACAUGUGAAAAGCUAGUCACUGCCAAGUUUUCAAAAUGUAAACACUUAAAGACAAUCUUUAGAAGAUGUGUAAAUCUUUAAGGUUUAACUUUUGAAGUACAAUGUUUGAAUGGAAAGGCUGGAGAUUUUGUUGAAUAAUUGAAAUGCUUGAUUGUAAAUGUUGUAAUGUAUGUGUGUAAUGUUUGCUUCCUUUGCACUAUGCCAUGAUGUAUUUUAAACCAUUGUUCACUAUAAGUGCUGUAAAUACAGUUCAUGUUUCUCAUUCUGAUGCAACUUUUUAAACAUUUGUAAAUAUCCAUCAUUGUUUCAUAUGUGAUAAGUGAAAACUCAUCAUAUGAAACCAAUUCAUAAUUUCCAUGAUGAUAUGAUGAUAUUUCUAUGCAGUAACUUGAACGUUAUAUUUUGAAGAAAAAACAGAAAUAAAAGCUGAAAACCAAAAA